AUGCCCGCCUUCCCGGUAGCCAUGCUGAAGUGCGGGAUGACGGGCGGUCAGGUGAAAGUAUUUGGAAAAGCAAUACAGACUCUAUCACGAGUGAGUGAUGACCUGUGGCUAGACCCAUCUGAGAAAGGUCUUGCUCUGAGAUCUGUGAAUUCCAGUCAUUCAACAUAUGGCUAUAUUCUGUUCUCGUCUUUGUUUUUUCAACAAUAUCAGUGGUCACCCUCAGCCACGAUGAGUGAUAAUGACAUACCCGUGAAUUUAAAUUGCAAAUUGGCAAUAAAGUCAAUUCUACCAAUCUUUAGAUGUCUGAAUUAUCUUGAAAAAAGUGUAGAGAAAUGCAAAAUAGUCACCAGAUCAGAUAAAUGCAGACUCGUCAUUCAGUUCUUCUGCAGGCAUGGUAUUAAAAGAACUCACAAUGUAUAUUUCCAAGACAGCCAGCCCUUGAAAAUUCUCUUUGAAAAGAGUAUGUGUGCCAAUAUCCUGAUGAUUAAACCAAGGUUGCUGGCUGAGGCCAUUGUUCUUCUAACGUCAAAUCAAGAGGAAGUCACCUUUUCUGUUACUCCAGGGAGUUUCUGCCUCAAGAGUUCGAGUGGAGAAUCCCUGGAUUUAAGCAGUUCUGUGUAUAGUGAGAUGUCUUUUGGCCCUGAAGAGUUUGACUUCUUUCAAGUUGGACUCGAUACUGAAGUAACAUUUUGCUUUAGAGAACUAAAGGGGAUCCUCGCCUUUUCAGAAGUGAUGCAUGCUCCUAUAUCCAUCUACUUUGACUUUCCUGGGAAACCGGUGGUUUUGAGUAUUGACGACAUGCUCUUGGAGGCGAACUUUAUCCUGGCCACGUUAGCGGAUCAGCCAAGCAGAGUGUCUUCACCACAGUCACUGUGUCUUUCCCAGGCACACAGAAGGUCAGACCCCACACAGUCAAAUGCCCAGGUGGGUAAAAGCCGAGCUAGCCAGACCCCAGAGAGCAUCUCUCGAGCAGCCCCCAAAAGGUUGUUUCCCAAGGAGCCUCUGGACAGCAGCUCUGCAACAGAGACCAAGAGAGCCAGCAGCAACCAGGACAGCAUCUCCCAAGUGCCUGAAAGUGUGGUCAGCGACAUGGAGGAGGAGCCAGGCCCGUCACACCUCAGGAAGUUUUCCUGCAUGUUCUUUGGAGCAGUUUCUUCUGAGCAGCAAGAACACGCCGGCCACCCCUUGGACAGCUUAGCAAUAGCAAGUGACAGUGGAGAGGAUGUGAGUGGAUGAAUCCACAGCUCAGCGAUAGCUGCACUGGGUGCUGGGCCCUGGCUCCUUGAAGGCCAAGGGAGAAUGGAGCAGACAUUGGC